AUGGCAAAGGGACACCAAGGCAAAUGCUUUGGAUUUGUCCUCUUACUAUGUUUCUUCAGUUCAACUUUCGCACGCAGGAUUCUUAAGGAUCUAGACCAUGUAGUGAAGCCUGGGAAGGUUAGUUUGAGGGAGCAAGAUCAUGGCUUGUUCAGUCUAGAACCUGACCACAAAGUCAAGCCUGGCCAUAAUCCGCAGUCCGCGUGGUGGGGUGAACCAGAAGAGCCUGAGGACAAGGUCAAGCCUGAUCAUAAACUGCAAUCCAUGUGGCGUGAGCUAGAAGAACCUGAUCCUGAAAAAAAGCAUGCUCAUAAAGUAAUGCCUGAUUACAAAGAGAAGCUUAAUGAUGGUGGUAAAGAGAAGAUUGAUGACAUAGAGAAGCCUGAUCAUGUAGUAAAGCCUAAUUACAAAGAGAAGCUUAAUGAUGGUGACAAAGAGAAGAUUGAUGACAUAGAGAAGCCUGAUCAUGUAGUAAAGCCUAAUUACAAAGAGAAGCUUAAUGAUGGUGACAAAGAGAAGAUUGAUGACAUAGAGAAGCCUGAUCAUGUAGUAAAGCCUAAUUACAAAGAGAAGCUUAAUGAUGGUGGCAAAGAGAAGAUUGAUGACAUAGAGAAGCCUGAUCAUAUAGUCAAGCCUAAUUACAAAGAGAAGCUUAAUGACAAAGAGAAGAUUGAUGGCAUAGAGAAGCCUGAUCACACAGUUAAGCCUAUGGGAUAUGGCUAUGGCGUUGGUUAUGGCAGUGGAGGCAGCGGCUUUGGAGAAGGAAUAGGCUCUAGUGGAGGCAGUGGUUUUGGAGAAGGGAUAGGCUCUAGUGGUGGCAGUGGUUUUGGAGAAGGAAUUGGCUCUAGUGGAGGCAGUGGCUUUGGAGAAGGAAUUGGCUAUGGUGAUGGUUCAGGUGUUGGCAUUGGAGAAGGAAGAGGGUCAGGGUAUGGCCAACCUAACUGCGGUCCUGUCAGGGGAGCCCCAGGUAGGGGAUUUGGUGAAGGCAUUGGACGAGGUAGUGGUUCAGGGGAAGGGAUUGGUAUCGGUAGAGGAGGAAGUGGCUCUACUGGUGUACCCAGUGUAGUUGUCCCUCCCAUAACUGUACCAGGCACAACAAUCCCUCCCAUAACUGUGCCAGGCACCCACAUUCCCGGUUUUACGAUUCCGGGAGUGACGGUUCCUGGCUUUGGUACUGGUGGAGGAUGCCAAACCGGUGGGUGCACCCCAAGCGUGCCAUACUACCAUCCACCUAAUACCAACCACCAAACUGUCCCCAUUGUCCUCCUUUCGUUUCAGGACAAGACAAACACAUGUCAGAUAAAGGGACCAUGA